UCAGGGAGCCGAUGUGGAAUUUCCUGCCCGGCCGGGCGCCCCUCCUGCCGCCCCCCGCCCGGCCGCGCACUCUGCUUCCGGCCGCUCUCCCUGCGGCCGCACCCGCGCCCGCCCGCGCCUGCCCCGCGCCACAUGGAGCGCGCAGGGUCCCGGGGGGCCGGGCCGGCGCGGCGCCGGGAAGCCGGGGGGCCGCCGCCGCCGCCGCUGCUGCUGCUGCUCUGCUUGCUAGCGGGGCCCGCGGCACCCCAGGAGCUGAACCCGCGCGGCCGGAACGUGUGCCGCGCGCCCGGCUCCCAGGAGCCCACGUGCUGCGCUGGCUGGAGGCAGCAGGGCGAGGAGUGUGGGAUCGCGGUGUGCGAAGGCAACUCCACGUGUUCGGAAAACGAGGUGUGCGUGCGGCCGGGAGAGUGCCGCUGCCGCCACGGCUACUUCGGUGCUCAUUGUGACACCAAGUGCCCGCGCCAAUUCUGGGGCCCCGACUGCAAGGAGCUGUGCGUGUGCCACCCGCACGGGCAGUGUGAGGACGUGACAGGCCAGUGUACGUGCCACGCGCGGCGCUGGGGAGCGCGCUGCGAGCACGCGUGCCAGUGCCAGCACGGCGCCUGCCACCCACGGAGCGGCGCGUGUCGCUGCGAGCCCGGCUGGUGGGGCCCGCAGUGCGCCAGUGCGUGCUACUGCAGCGCCACCUCGCGCUGCGACCCGCAGACGGGCGCGUGCCUGUGCCACGCUGGUUGGUGGGGACGCAGUUGCAACAACCAGUGCGCCUGCAACACCUCGCCCUGUGAGCAGCAGAGCGGCCGCUGCCAGUGCCGCGAGCGCACCUUCGGGGCGCGCUGCGAGCGCUACUGUCAGUGCUUCCGCGGCCGCUGCAACCCAGUGGACGGCACGUGCGCCUGCGAGCCGGGCUACCGCGGCAAAUACUGCCGGGAGCCGUGUCCCGCGGGCUUCUACGGCCUGGGUUGCCGCCGCCGAUGCGGCCAGUGCAAGGGCCAGCAGCCGUGCACGGUGGCCGAGGGCCGAUGCCUCACGUGCGAGCCCGGCUGGAACGGCACCAAGUGUGACCAGCCGUGCGCCACCGGUUUCUACGGCGAGGGCUGCGGUUCCCGCUGCCCGCCAUGCCGUGACGGCCAUGCCUGCAACCACGUCACUGGGAAGUGCACGCGCUGCAAUGCGGGCUGGAUUGGCGACCGGUGUGAGACCAAGUGCAGCAAUGGCACUUAUGGCGAGGAUUGCGCAUUCGUGUGUGCGGAUUGUGGCAGCGGCCACUGUGACUUCCAGUCGGGGCGUUGCUUGUGUAGCCCUGGUGUGCACGGACUUCACUGUAACCUGACGUGCCCACCUGGACUCCAUGGCGUGGACUGCGCCCAGGCGUGCAGCUGCCAUGAGGACUCAUGCGACCCAGUCACUGGUGCCUGCCGCCUGGAGACUAACCAGCGCAAGGGAGUGAUGGGUGCUGGAGCGCUGCUCGCCUUGCUUCUUGGUCUGCUGCUCUCACUGUUGGGUUGCUGUUGCGCAUGCAGAGGCGAGGAUCCAGUGCGUCGAGAGCUAUCGCUGGGGAGGAAGAAGGCGCCCCACCGGCUGUGUGGACGCUUCAGCCGCAUCAGUAUGAAGCUGCCCCGGAUCCCGCUCCGCAGGCAGAAGCUGCCCAAGGUCGUCGUGGCCCAUCACGAUCUGGAUAACACGCUCAACUGCAGUUAUCUGGAGCCACCCUCGGGUCUGGAGCAACCCUCACCAUCAUGGUCCUCCAGGGCCUCCUUCUCAUCCUUUGACACCACAGAUGAAGGUCCUGUGUACUGUGUACCCCAUGAGGAGGCGGCAGGCGAGAACCAGAGUUCCGAGCCCCCGGCAGCCCCGAGGCCCGCGUCGGCGGAGGAGGCGGUGGCCCCGCUCGCGUCAUCAGACAGCGAGCGCUCGGCGUGCAGCGCGGAGGGGCCCGCGGGGGCGCUGUACGCGCGCGUGGCCCGGCGCGGGGCGGGGGCGGGGCCCGGGGCCUGGGGGGAGCCUGGCGGCCUGUCGCUGUCGCCCUUGCCAGAGCGCAGGAAGCCACCGCCACCUGACCCGGCCACCAAGCCCAAGGUGUCCUGGAUCCACUGCAAGCACAGCGCCGCCGUGCGCUCGCCCACGCCGCCACCCCCGGGCCUGGAGGCGGCGCCCAGUCCCAGCAAGAGGAAACGGACGCCCAGCGACACGUCGGCGCGGCCGGAGGAGCCUGGCAGCCCCCGCGCCCGCGCCCCGACGCCGCGCACCCCGGGGCUGGCGGAGGAGCAGCCGGCGCUUGCCGCAGCCUCGCCACCCCGGGCUCGGGCACGUGGCCGUGGGCCUGGCCUCUCGGAGAUCGCCCCGGAGGCGGCCUCCAUGCUGGCGGCGGAGCUGCGCGACAAGACUCGCAGCCUGGGCCGAGCCGACGGGGCCCCGCGGGAGAAGCCGGCGCCGCCGCAGAAGGCCAAGCGCUCCGUGCCGCCCGCCUCGCCCGCCCACGCCGCGUCCGCGCCCGAGGCCCCGGGCCCUGAGAGGGCGAGGGCCGGCGCGCCCGGGCCCGGACCCGGGCACGACACUCCGCGGAAGAAGACUCCCAUCCAGAAGCCGCCGCGCAAGAAGAGCCGGGAAGCGGCGGGCGAGCUGGGGCGGGGCGAGCUGGGGCGGGGCGCGCCCACCCUGUAGCGCCCGUAGCCGCUUCCGCGCCCGCAGCAGCGCCCAGGCUUUGCAGCGCCGCUUUUCACCCCGCCCCGCACGCACUGGGAGGCUCCCGCGGCGUCUGAUUGGCUCAGCAGCGCGGGAAGGCCCGUCCCAUUGGCCCAAGCCUGGCAGGCUCCUCGCUGGCCACGCUUUUCCGGUCCAGAGAGCGAGUUGCUCAGACCAGCAUGGGUCUCCACGGAGGGUGCUGUGUCAACCCUGCGCUUGGCUGGGGCUCUCCACUCACUGGCUGAGGCCAGAAGCACUUCUACCCCGGUUGCCUCUUGCCGGCCGCGGCCUGGCGCCUCUGGCUGGAACAUUCUUCCUUUGACAGUAUUCCAAGCCUGUUCCCACUGACCAGGCAGCUGGUUGACCGCAGCCUGAGGAGGAGGGCUGGUCUCUGCUCCUCAAGAGGCUCAGUGCCUCCAGGCUCGGCUGUCCCUCUCCUGCACUCCCCAGCCCUGGCCCUUCAGCUGUCAGCUGGUUUUGAUGGCCUCCUAGCACGCCACACGUGUGGAAACCCGAGGGGCAACUCCAGUGGCCAGAGGAAAUGUAUUUAUAGGCCCCUGGCAGGGCUGCUCCCACCCCACCAGGGUACCCCAGGAUAGGCUCAUCCCGUCAGGAGCUUAGCCAAAGCUUUCUCAAUAAAGUGCCUUCUUGUGUUUCUGAA